GUGUGCGCGGUUAGAAGUCUCCAGUCAGUCUCGGAGAGUUGCGCGGGAGGCGUGCUUCGCGCGUUCGUUGCGUUCGAAAUUUGAACUAACGGAUCGGCGAUUUUUUUUUUUUUUUAUAAUUCGAGAAGUUUUUCGAUGAGUUCACCUGUGAUUGUGUUAUAUUCUUAAAUCCUGAGACGUUCGUAAAAGUGUUUUUUUUGUUAGCAAUAAUCGUGUUUAAAAUUCGAAAUUAAGUGCGUUAAAAGUGUAUAUGUAUACAAUUAAUAUUACAAUUGUCCGAAUUAAAUUUGACUAAUAUAAAUUUCGUGAUUAUGAAAUUCUCAGAAUAACCGACACCCAACAUUCUAACCGCCGGGUGAAUGUGGAUUCUCUACGCACUUUUAUUUAGAACAUAGUUUACGAGUGUUUUGAUCCGACGGACGUAUAAUAAAUGGGAAAACGUUUUAUUAUUGGAUUUUCGAAUACUAAGAAUAUUUAAUUACGUGUCCAGUGAAAUCAAUCGAAAUAGUCUCGAAAAGUAUUAUCAGUGAAAAGUGCUCAAAUAUGGUUAUGGAAUCGGGCCAGCAGAACGGUCGGUUCUGGCCUCUGUCUCCACGAUUGUGGCGGAGGAGCAACGAAUACACCAAAGUUGGCUUCGAGCCGCGACGACCGCCAACUUCACCCUUAGAAAUACGAAGAAUAUUCAACAUGACUCCUGAUUUACUACGGACGAGAAGUUUCAUCAAAGAUCGACUAGAUCAUUUAGAUUUAGAAGAGAAUAUCUUAGAAGUCGAAUAUGAGAAGCUUAAUUUAGAUUCAAAACCACCAAUAAGAGAGAAGAAGGUGGAGGAAGUGAGACUUAGAGCGAAAAAGCAAAGGCAGCCUCGACCAAACAGCCUGCAGUUAUUGCUGUGCCCCUCGAGCUCUGGCCACUACAGUAGUAGCACUUGGAGGUACACCAGAGCGCGAUCCAAGAGCCAUGAGCCGGAAGGUGGCGGGCGGUGCGGAGACGGCGCGUUAGCCAGAGCAAUGCAGCCCGCUCCGACGGGCGGCUCGCCCAAGCGACAUGCACCCAUUCAGACGCACGGCGCUGUAGCGGAUCAGUCGACCUUGAAGGUGCAUCUGCCGAAUGGCGGCUUCAAUCUGGUGCGAGCCUCGCCUGAUGAAGACGUGAGGUCGGUGCUGCGACUCGUUGCCUCGAGAUUAGCCUCAGGAGAGAGGGUCUACGCGUCCUGUUUUGCUUUACGAGCGAGACUCUCAAACGGGAAGAUCCGAUGGAUUCAUCAGGACACUCCCGUUUCGGAGUUGUUGACGAAGUGGCCGGCCAGCGAGUGGCGGCUCGAGCUACGAGUACGGUACCUGCCCGCGAACCUCAGGGAGCUCUGCGAAGCCGAUCGCGUUACCUUCCACUAUUAUUACGAUCAGGUGCGACACGAAUACCUCAAUGCCAAUCAUCCUACCGUAGACCAGGAGCUGGCCGUGCAAAUAUGUUGUUUAGAAAUUAAGUACUUUUGUAAAGACAUGCAGAUCUCUAUGGACAAAAAGUCGAACAUCGAAUAUCUGGAGAAGGAGUUCGGCCUGCACAAGUUCCUCCCUAAAUCUGUGCUCGAAUCCAUUAAGCCGAAGGUGCUGAAGAAGGCAAUACAACAGCAAUUCAAGAAGGUGGCUAAUCUAAGCGACACUGAAUGCAUGCUGAAGUACUUGGAAACGAUGCACACACACUACGGGUACGACCGCGAGACGUUCGCAGGGGCCCUCGGCACCGGCUGGUUCAUACCGGUCGAACUGGCCAUCGGUCCUGAUAUAGAUAUAUCGUACGUGUCCCACAAGGCCGGCGAGCCACCCACCUACACGAAGAUAGCUUCGUUCAGCGACAUCGAAGCCGUACAGACGCUCAAGUCGAACUGCACACAACAAUCGCAGACUCAGACCGGUUCGUGCGGCAAGGCGGCGCUGCAACUGCGCGUCAAGGGCGCUGCGGAAACAUUGACGAUCACUUGCAGCAGUGUAGAGGCCGCAGAGAGCUUAGCCGAUCUGGUAGAUGGAUACUGUAGACUGGUCACAGAUUCUCAAACUUCUCUAUGGAAUCGAACGACUAACGUGUGGAAGCAACUUAACUGUCAAUGCAAAACUGAGAUGAGCAGCAGUUCGUCAGAAGGGAAGACGAGUUCCUGGGAGGCGAACACCGCCACUCUGCUGUCUGAGGACUACGCAGAGAUUGUCGAUGACGAUGCGGACUACUCUACUCCUGCAGUUCGCGAUUACGAAUUAGUUCGUAAUCAGAUCGAGUUGACGGGAAUCAUUGGGGAGGGACAGUUCGGCGAUGUACACAAAGGCACGUGCCGGGUGACGUCAGCCAACCACCCGUCGCUGCGUCGCCAGCUGUCCAUCCAGAAGCAGCAGGGCAAGAGCCAGAGCGGCGAGUACGUGCUGCCGGUGGCCGUGAAGACAUGCAAGAUGGACGCCGACUUGGACACCGCCGAGAAGUUUCUAGAAGAAGCAUAUAUAAUGCAGCAGUUCUCCCACCCCCACAUCAUCGGCCUGGUCGGCGUGUGCAGCUCGUCGCCGAUAUGGAUCGUCAUGGAGCUGGCAACACUCGGCGAGAUGCGGGCCUACUUACAGCAAAACGCGCACAGGUUGGAGACGUGUCAGCUAGUGCUGUACAUAUACCAGCUGUCGACCGCGCUCAGCUACCUCGAGAGCAAGAAGUUUGUCCACCGAGACAUCGCCGCCAGGAACGUUCUGGUCUCAACGCCCACCUGUGUUAAAUUGGCCGAUUUCGGGCUAUCGAAAAUGGUCGAGGACAAGUCUUACUACAAGGCCUCGAGGGGCAAACUGCCUAUUAAAUGGAUGGCGCCAGAGUCGAUUAACUUCAGGCGAUUCACGUCCGCUUCCGACGUAUGGAUGUUCGGCGUCUGCAUGUGGGAGAUCCUGAUGCUGGGAGUGAAGCCGUUCAGCGGGGUUAAGAACAACGACGUGAUCGGCAAGCUGGAGAACGGCGAGCGGCUGGCCCUCCCCCCGCGCUGCCCCCCGCGCCUCUACUCCGUCAUGUCGCGCUGCUGGGCCUACGAGCCCUCGCACCGCCCCGCCGCGCACCUCCUCAAGGAGACGCUCUUUGAGAUAUUACAAGAGGAGCGCAACACCGCGUGGGACACAAUGCGGCGUGAGAACCGACGCGUGGCCGCCGCCUCGUGGGGCGAGCAGCCUCCGCCCAAACCGUCCAGACCUCAUACCAACCUCAACGCAGCAGCGGAGGGGAGCGCGGCGGCGGCGGGCGGGGCGCCGCAGACUUACAUCGUGGCGCAGAACCCGCUCGUGCUGGCGCACCUGCUGCGGGAGAACAAGGCGCGCGCGCUGGAGCCGCGGGCCUACACCACGCCCGCCUCGGUAUUCAACACCGUCGCCGUAGACUUCGCGGAGACUCUACCGGAGAACGACCCCGCCAUCGUCGAUAAGAUCAUCCACCCCAAACCAGACGAGACCAUCGACAUCCCCCUCCAGACCGCCCCCAUCCCCGCCGCCAGCCUGCAGAAGCUAGACCCGGUCGUGCCGCCGCCCGAGGAAUCUGACGAGACUCUCACAGUGGUGGUCGGCGCCCGCGAGAGCUGCGACAAUCUGUGUCAGAAUAUGCAGAGUGCGUCUCCCGGCGAGGAGGCCGCCGCGGAGUCCUACAGCAACCGCGUCAGGUCUCUGGAGAGGAGCACUCGCGCCCCGCUGUCCACUGUGGAGCGCGGCCCCGUGCGCGUGGGGUCGCUGGAGCGGACCGCACGCGUGUCUCGGCGUGGGUCCCCGGUGGGUGCGGCGCCGCUCGCCCGGCAGCACUCGGUGCCCGCGUCGCCGCCGCCGCGCGCGCGCCGGGACCGCGACGUGGGGCAGUUCUCGGUGCAGGGCACGACCAACGCGCAGCUGGCCGCCAGCGUCGUCAACAAGAUGCGGCAGCAGCCCGAGCCGCCGCUGGUGGAGGAGAUAUACGACUUCGGCGGCGACAACGUGAGGAGCUGCGUGGCGGUGGCCGCCCAGCGCGCCCGGGGGGGGCCGCGGGGGCGGGGGGCGGCGGGGGGCGCGCGCGCGCAGAGUCCGGAGUUCGACACGGAGCAGGCGGUGGAGCGGCGGCUGCUGGCGGAGCUGGCGCGGCAGCAGCACCAGAGCGAGGAGGACCGGAGGUGGCUCCAGAUGCAGGAGGACAACUUGAAAAAGAGAUUGUCGAGCGUGCAGCCGUGUCCGGAGUCCGAUCCCGCGCCCGCGGAGCCCCGGCCUCCCACUCAGCCCCAUUCCGCGGCAAACUCCUCAGAGACAAGUCCAGCGAAUACCGUUAAAGGAAGAGACAAAUCGGCCAGUGACGAGAAGCGCUCCCGCAAAAGCGAGGACCCCGUGUACGUGGCGACGACGGGCGUGGUGCGCGGCGUGAUGCGGCUGGCGGCGGGGGGCGCCGGGGGGCCGGGGGGGCCGGGCGGCGGGGGGCCGGGCGCCGUGCUGGGGGCCGUGCGCCACGUGGGCGCGGAGCUGAGGACGCUGUGCGGCACCGUGGACCUGCUCGUGGGGCUGUACCCGCCCGCCGCGCAGAGAGAGGUCGAAAUGGCCCAUCAGGUCCUGAGCAAGGACAUGGCGGCGCUGGUGGAGGCCAUGCGUCUCGCCAUCCAGUACCACGACACCACGCUGCACCAUGAGUACACCAAGAGCAUGCUUGCAGCCGCCCACGUGCUGGCGAUGGACGCAAAGAACCUCCUCGACGUGGUGGACUGCAUCAGAGACCGACUGCCCAACAUCGACUGGCGCGCCGCCCUCGCCGAGCAGCCGUCCCCGCAGCCCCAGAACCAGACCCUCACGUCGCAGAACCAAGUGUACGCGGCCCAGAGCGUCACCUUCACACCGCAAAACCCGAUACUCAGUAAUCAAUCGUCCGUGCAAGAAGAGGAGAUCCCUCCCCCGAAGCCGGACUUUAAAAUCAACCAGCCCGUCACCACCAGUCAGAUAGUCGUCACCGAGCACGUGCCCAAAGAGCACAGCAGUCUCCCCGCCACGUCCAAUAGAGUUUCCGCCCUCAUCCAUAACUACAAUUUGUAUGGGAACGUCAGAGAUCAGCACAUAUAUGGCAACACUGAAGUCGUCCCGCUGCACCACUCCGCGUCGGUCGACGAUUCCAGGAUCGACGCGACGUCCACGGAGACGGUGAGGAGUCGAGUCCAGGCGAUAAGCGGCAGACUCGAUACGCCGCCCCUGUACUCCGUCAGCAAAAAGAUGGCCGUCGAUCAGAACGUCGGGCACAGCGAUCAGGGGUGAAUGUUGCCAGCUUUAAACGAAGCCGCUUUUGUAGUAGAUUUUUACUCCGCGUGGAGUUUCGACAGCUUUACAUCAUUUUUUUAAGGCUAUGACAUAGAGUGCGAUGUUAGAAUGGACUAGUCUAGUAGUUACAGGAACAUACGGCUCAGGAACCGUAACAUUUUCUAUUAAUUAAUGAAUUAAAAUAAUAAUUUGCCGCUUUUACUUCAUGCUACUUCGCUAUUCAAGGCAUACAAUAUUCUUUAUCGAAAAAAAAAAAUACGUCAUAUUAUUUCCUACCACAUAUCGCCUUUUGGUAUUAAAAUUGUACAAUUUCCAAAAAUAUUCGAAAUUGAGUUAAUAUGAGUAAACAUUUGGUAUCAUCAGUAUUUUUUCUCAUAAAUACUGUCAAAAGAGCGUAGUUUUGUUUUUUUGUUUUUUAUUUAUUAUCUAUGUUUUGACAACUAUUAAGAAAAUGAAUACAUAAUUUUAACUUACUUUAAAAGACAGAUAAUGUAACUGGUAACUAAUAAAAAAUAAAUGUUGCAAAUAUAAUUAAUAUUAAAAAUAUUACAUGUACAUAAACCUUUAAAACACUCUCCUGUAAAAUUAGUAAGUUUUGAGAUUAUACAGUUUUAAUGCGAGAAGACGAUAUUACAUUUCAUUGAAAAGUUUAUUCACACAUACAUAAAAUUUUAAUAGUUAGAUUAACAAUAUUUUUUUUCUAAUAGCUUUAAUACGCAAGUAAUACGGUUCAAAUUCAUGAAACCGGUUGAGGAAGACGUUACCUUCAACAAGUACUGUGAAUCGUAAAGCCAUUAUUGAAAAAAAUAUUGAACACUUUUAAUAAUGUGUUAAAAUCGUUUUAGUGAAAUUAACAUAUCAUCGCUAUUGUUGUGCUUCAAAUUAACUUAUCGUGUUUCGUGUAUGAUAUGAUAAUAUCGACGCUUGAAAGGCAAAAGUGACUAAGCGACAAUAACUGCUUUGUACAUAAAUGACAGGCAAUAACCAAAUUCGAUGCGCAAAAAAAAAAAAAAUUCUAGGUCUGUUAAAAUCAUUUCAAUCCUACAGCUACUAGCUAGAUUCGUUAAAAUAAAUUUUGUGUUCAGGUAUUUCAACUUUAAAUUAGUCUACUGUAAAGUUCAUUGUCGCUUAGUCACGUUUGCCUUUGAAGCGUCGAUAUGGACUUUUAUUUUUCUCUUUAUAUCAAUGUUGUCGGCUAGUAUAGAAUCUUUCAAAAUUUCUUUCGUACUUAUAUACCAAAUAUUUAUCUCUUUUAAUCGUGAGCGGUUGGAUUCAGUCACACUUGUUCGAAUAUUUAAAGAAACCAUUGUCUGUCUACUGUGUUUUUUUUUUUGUUAAAAUAUGAUUUUGGAGAUUUUGUCUACAUAAACAUUGUCAUUUUCAUAACACCAAUAAAAAAAAGCGGCUCAAUUUUUUGUAGAUUUCGUUCGGAAUGUUCUUGUAAACAACUCACAUAACUCAAUAAUGAAAAGUCUACGGAUAAAAUUGAUUUGUGAUAAUAUUGCCAAUAACGACCUAAAAUACCGUAUAAGGAUAUACACGAUAUAAUAUGCACAUUCCUCAAUAAUUGCACCACUAAACGUAAGUAUUACAUAAUUAUUUUUCGUACAGAUUUUACAUUUUUUGGUGUUGGUAACACCGUUUUGUACCGUUUUAACAUCAUAAGUUAAAGAAUACAAUAAACAGCCACAGAACAAACAUUGAAAUUAUUCAAGUAUUAAUAUUUUGUAUUUAACAUGUCAUUAUAAUGUAUAUUUUCUUUCUUUAAGUAUAUAAUAAUACUACGUCACAAUUAUGCAUUUAUCUUUUAAUAAUGCGCAGGAUUUGCUAAUUUCCUUUGUAAAAAUGUAUAAAAUUAAUUUUAUCAAUAACGUUACAUGUGUUACAUUGAACACCUUAUCCAAAGCUAUUUUAAGUUUAGAUCUCAAGGAUUUUUCUAGAUUUUUAGAGAUUACUUUGUAAAAUGGACUAAUUUUUGUAAUAGUAAAUGAAAAAAGAAUUUAUUUAUUAAAAGAAUCUACGAUUUUGUUUGUAUAGUUGAUUUUAUAAUUAUAGUUUUUGUUUGAGAUGUCUUGGGAUAAUGAGAUAACACAAUCAAUUAAAAAAAUAUCUAACUACUCUCAGAAAAUACUCCAACAAAAUGAAUAGAGCAUAAGUGUCUCAUUGUUUCAAAAUGUUGAAUUGUAUUCGAAAUGUUGUUUUUGAGGGAGUCAAACAAAGAAUUUGAUUAAUGCCACAUUACCUUUUUUUUUGCCACGUUACCUAAAACUACUUUGGAUAAUAUUUUUUUUCUAAUUAUACAGAGUACACUAAAAUAUAACCUCUAUGAUUCAAAAAUAUGUUUAUAGAUCAAACAAUAGUCCGUUACUGCAUUUUGCUUAAAUAAUCUGUGGCGUUUCAAUAACCUUUUUCUCAGAAAUGAUAUUUCAAGAAAAUGUGGCAUUAUGAAGUCAUUGUUAAGCCGUCAGUAGUGUAAGCAGGAUGUCAUUCCAAAGUAUAUCAUAUAGUAAGAGAUAGCCGUAGUUGUAGUGGUGAGCUGCCCGCGAUAACCGACUGUACCCCGAGGUGAACCGGAUUCUGUUUACGCAACUAAAUAAAGAAAAAAAAAAAGAAAA